AGCCUGUGGUAGGAAGUGUCUCACUGCUAAGCACAAAGUGGAGUCUGGCUUUGAUUUCAUUAACCCCAUCAGCACUGGAGCAGCAGGUGUGUUUCUGGAGCUUGACUCUUUCAGACACUUGAGGUGCAUAGAAAGUGGCAGAGAUUACUUCAGAACCAAAAAAGCCCGAGCAGUGACGGCAAGAGGCAGCGGCGCACGGGCUGCGCGUCUUCAGAGAGCUUUGAGAACAGCCCCUGCACAGGAGCUGAAGAAAUCCCCAGCCACCCGUGCCUUUGAUCUCAGAUAAAGGUCAACCUGUCUGGUAGAAAGUGUGAUGGGAAACGCUGCCACAUCAGCCUUCGCUUUCUCUUCCUUACGCUGAAGUGAUUCACUGUACGUGUCAGGGUAUGCCUUCACCACGGCACCCGUGGUGUUUGGCUCUUGGGAGCAGCUCUGUUUGUCUCAUGCACCAGCUCAAGCCAGGGCCAGCAAGAUUUCAUGAGAGCUGCUGAGAAACUGCCCCACAGCACUUGUUAUUACAGCAGUGUUCCAUAGCUUUUGUUGGUUUGUUGGAGAGUUUUUAAAUCAUGGAAUCAUUUAGGUUGGAAAAAAAUCUUCAAGGUCAUUGAGUCAAGCCAUCAGCCCAGCGUCACCACUAGACUAGUCCCUAAGUGCCACAUCUGCAUAUCUUUUAAAUCCCUCCAGGGCGGGUGACUCAGCCAGCUCCCUGGGCAGCCUGUUCCAGUGCCUUCAGUGAAGAAAUUUUUCCUGUUCCCCAAUCUAAAUCUCCACUGGCACAACUUGAGACCAUUUCCUCUUGCCUUGUAGUAUAUAUAGGCCUAGUGGUUUGUUAAAAAAUUAGUUAUGCUGGUCUUGUCCCAACAAGCAUUCAGAGUUUCUGAGACUGUUCAAGCACUGACAACUGCAAAGUUCCACCUGACAUAAAGUCAAAGUUGCUGACACAGAAAGCUUUGGGGAGCUGCAGGUUCCAGUCAGUUCUCCUGAUGCCACCUCUGCAAGAUCAUCACUGGUGAGGGAAGUACUUGACCUACACAUGCUACAGGAUUUCAGAUGCAUGCCAGGUUCCCGCUGAAUGCCAGCAGCAGAGAUCACUACAGAUGGAGCCCCAAAGUCAGCACGGCAGCGGCGGCUCCCUGGUGGUGAUUCAGCAGCCCUCCCUGGACAGCCGGCAGCGCUUGGACUAUGACAGGGACGGCCAGCCCGCGACCAUCUUGUCACUGGACCAGAUCAAGGCCAUCAGGGGCAGCAACGAAUACACCGAGGGGCCGUCGGUGGUGAAGAAGUCGGCCCCGCGGACGGCGCCGAGGCAGGAGAAGCAUGAGAGGACUCACGAGAUUAUACCGAUUAAUGUGAAUAAUAACUACGAGCACAGGCCCGGCCACGCGGGGCACGCGGCCCAUCAGCAUAACGCCAGGGCUCCCGUCCUGAGCCGAUCCACCAGCACGGGCAGCGCGGCCAGCUCCGGCAGCAACAGCAGCGCCUCCUCGGAGCAAGGGCUGCUGGGGCGCUCGCCGCCCUCCCGGCCGGGCUCCGGCCACAGAUCCGAGCGGACGAUCCGGGCGCAGCCCAAGCAGUCGGCGCUGAUCGUGGACGAUCUGAAGGGGCCUUUGAAAGAGGACUUGACGCAGCACAAGUUCAUCUGCGAGCGCUGCGGGAAGUGCAAGUGCGGGGAGUGCACGGCGCCGCGGGCCCUGCCCUCCUGCCUGGCCUGCAACCGGCAGUGCCUGUGCUCGGCCGAGAGCAUGGUGGAGUACGGCACCUGCAUGUGCCUGGUCAAAGGCAUCUUCUACCACUGUUCCAACGACGAUGAAGGGGACUCGUACGCGGAUAAUCCCUGCUCCUGCUCCCAGUCACACUGCUGUUCUAGGUACCUGUGCAUGGGAGCCAUGUCCUUGUUCCUGCCUUGCUUGCUCUGCUACCCUCCAGCCAAAGGAUGCCUAAAACUCUGCCGGGGGUGCUACGACCGCGUCAAUCGUCCGGGGUGCCGGUGCAAGAACUCCAACACGGUCUAUUGUAAACUGGAGAGCUGCCCCUCCCGAGGUCAGGGCAAGCCCUCAUGAUUUUGGGAGGGAGGUUUACUUCCUCCAACUUCAGUUUUUCAGGUUGUAGCUGAUUUUUUUUUUUUUCUCUCCUCCCAUCUUUUCUUCUUCCCCCCCUCCUCUCCCAUUUUGGGAGGACUGUUGCUUUCCUUUCCUUUCUGUCUGCCCAACUCCAAACACAUGAGCUCUUCCCCUUGCAUCUUUGCUCUCCUCCUCCUGCUGACUUGGCUGAGUGUGGAGCGUUUCACGCAGUCGCUGCUGCUCUUUGGUAAGUGUGGACCUGGGAUCUGCACCUGCCACUCCCUUGGGCAGGGUCUUUGAGUUUGUAACUGAACCACUCCUGAAAGAGACAGUGAGGGCUCACUGGGCUCUUGAAGCUUCUUGCUCUGUGAAUAUCUUCCCAAAGAUGGUUUUUUCUUUUUUGUUCUCAGCAAGUUAUGUUUUUUUUUUUUCUCCUUAACCUCCUGGGUGCCAAGGAAGAAUAACUUUCCUGAGUGAGCUGGAUUGUGAAAUAAUUUUUUGUGUGAGUUCUUUCUGGAGAGGGAUGUAAAAUAAAGGCUUCACCAAAUGAAAGGCCUGACUCUUCUAUAAGCAGCCUGCUUCUUUUUGCAUCUUUUUUUUUUCCCUCCCCUCUCUUUUUCUCUUAACUUUUGGAACAUUCUCAGACCUGAGAAUUGCCCAGUUUUUUUUUUGUUUUGUUUUGGUUUUUUUUUUUUUACAUUUUCAAUGUAACUUCAGUUUUUGCUACACUACGUAGAUCUUCACAUUGGAGACAUUGUGGCUGCAACAUACUCAUUUGUUUCUUCUGCUGUCCAGUCUUUGAAGGAUAUUGCUUACUCUACCCUCCUAAUCCAGUUUUUAUAGUCUAUCAGUAGCAGUUGAUAUUAAAAUUGGUGGUGUUCAUAUAUCCAAACAGCCUUCAGGUGUCAUUGAGUCACCUAAAUGUUCUUGAAUCCUUCAAGUCUCUUGUGAUCCUUUGGCUUAGUGAGUUUAGCUCUGCUCUGUACUUUAUAAUUUUAUUCUGUCCCUGUUUUAUUGCCUUAGCCACAAAUUGUGGUCCUUUUUUGUAUAUUUUAUGUAUAAAACACAAAGUUGAAUCCCAACUAUUUUUAAGACAAAAGUCUGUUAAAACUUUUUUUAUUGUAAAGAAUAUUUAUUAUGUGAAUCUCUAUUAUUUUAUGAUAUUUAUUGCAAAAGACUUCGAAAAUGUACUCAUGUCUGAAUAUAACAAAAUAUCAAUACUUAACGAAAUAAGGAUGACACGAAGAAAGUACAUAUGUUAACUAUAAUGCAGAAAAUAUAUUAAUUAAUGAAAA